CUUGAGAUUGAGUUGACUUCCUGAUUCACCCGAACAACGCGGAUGUGUUGGUGAGGAGUAGGUAAGCCGAUCAAUUUGAUCUGAUUCAUCCACGAAUUCUACGGCAAAUAUCACGCAGUUUCACUGUUCCUCAGAAGUGUGUGUGUGUGUGUGUCUGAGUUAUACCACUUUCCUCUUCUUCAAAGUUGUGCUCAGGUAACAGAAGUCCACCAGAACACCCGAGAGGCACCUUUUAUACAACGUUGAGACAAUUUAGGAUGGCUUCCACUCCAAGUUCCACUUUGCGACCCCUGUCCAUCGUGGUCGUGCUGCUGGCUGGAGUCAUCAUCCUAUUUACAAUGUACUACAGAUCUUUUCCAGUUCCAAAAUGUCAUCCUGCCCCCAAACCAGCUGCUGUUCAAAAACAGUCAGUGGCCACAAAUCGGUCAAAGACCAAAAAGCCUCUUGUGCUGCUGUGGUUUUGGCCUGAAAGCAAAAAGUUUGAUAUGAAGGACUGUAAGAAUGUUUUAGAAAUGGAUCACUGUGAACUCACAGAUGAUAGAUCUUUAUACUCCAAAGCUCAUGCAGUUCUGAUACAUCACAAUGAUAUCAAAGAUGACCUGUCCAACCUUCCCACCACACCAAGACCCAAAUUUCAAAGGUGGAUCUGGUUGAGCAUGGACACGCCCCCAAACACGCGCAAGAUCGCUGGCAUCGAAGCCCUUUUUAAUUUAACCUCGAGCUACAGGAAGGAUGCAGACAUUCCUGUUCGCUGGCACCUAACUGUCAAGAAGAACCCAGGCCCAGAUUUUGUUCCACCAAAGAAAGAACGAGUGCUUUGUUGGAUUGUUAACAGCCAUGACCUCAACACAACGUCUGCGGAGCGUUACAACUACUACAACGAGGUUAUAAAACACAUAAAGGUGGAUGUGUUUGACAUCUCAGCUGACAACGUGAAGGGAGAAAACUAUUUUCAAACUAUUAGUACCUGCAAGUUCUUUCUUUCUUUUGAGGAAUCAAAUCACAGAGAUUACAUCACAGAAACAUUCUAUGGUCCGCUCGCUGUUGGAACUGUACCAAUAGUUCUGGGCCCACCGAGAAAGAACUAUGAGAAAUUUGUCCCUGGUAAUUCCUUCAUACACGUAAAAGACUUUCCUGAUGCUUUUGCUCUGGCUGAAUUCCUCCUCAAAUUGGACGACGAUAAAGAGGCUUAUGAAAAGUACUUUACUUGGCACCGGUUCUAUACUCUCAGGCGUCAUUUUACUGAUGAGCAGCAUAAGUUUACACUUGCUGUCUGUCAGGCCUGUCGUCAUAUUGGCUUCAGCAAUGAGUAUAGAGUGGUUCGGGAUCUGUACAAGUGGGUGUCCCAGUGACACUGGAGUCUGUGGUGGUCCUGCUGCAGAGAGGCAUUUUGUGUAUACAAACUACAUUGAUGCAUUAUUGAUGUACAUAUUAGUAUGUUUGAAUAGGAAAAUGUCAUCAACCAUAACACUCAUCAUCAGCUAAGGGGUUAUAUCAAUAUCAAAAUGACCCAAAUGUGGUCAUGGGGUUUUCCACUGGACUAAACAAACAGGUUAACAGGUUAACAGGUUAAGUUCUGCUCUAUAUGUAUAACAAGUUUAAUGUCUGACUGUAAUGAAAAAUACCACAUGCUUGUUGAAGAUAUAUUUCCCGCACAUUCUUGAGAAAAUAAUUGUCACAUUUUGUGGGUUUUUUUUUUUGCUGUGGGGUUGGAGUUGCCAUUAAUAGGUUGCCAUAAUCACUUUCUCUCUUUCUUGGGAUAAUAGCCCAGAAGCCCAUGGUUCUCCUAAGGUUAGUUAGAACCAAACCAAAGAUGAUCAUGUACAUUCCCUGAGGGUUAUGCAGAAGCCUAAGAAAUGUUCAAAUGUUCUGUGGUUUUAACUAAAAGAGAAUGUUCUGAGUUAUGAAUGUUUGUAUUUUUAACCAGCUUCAUUAAAAUGUUUAGAUAUCGAUUAAAAAAGCUUUGCAGUUGCUAGAUUCACCUUAUCCAUUUUUUAUUUUUAUUUUUUUUACAGACAAUUGUAAAUAUGAACCACAGAGGAAUAAAUGUAUAUCCCACUUUCUUGAUUUGUAUUUUUGGGUUGGUGAAAUUAUGAAUAAAUAUGAAUAUGAAAAUGUA